AUGGCUUACGCUGCUGUGCUUUCACUGAAGCAGACAAUAGAGAGCUCAGAAAUGAAACUUAUCUCUGAGGAGGAUCUUUGUUACUUGAAGUCAUUCAUCAAACCAAUGAGGUCCUUGCCAAGCAGCAACAGAGCAGUCGAUUCCGAAACGCAAAUCAAAGAUGCUGUACACAGAUUUGAAGAUCUGAUCAACCGCCACAUAUCGGACUGGUUUCAGUCCGGAUCUAAAAUUUCUAAAGAUGAUCAGAGCUUCAAACUGGUUCUCUCCCAACAACUACAAAUAGUCAAACAAGAAAUCAGUUCAUUUACUAAAACAUUGAAGGCCGAGGAACACUAUAGCACAGAAGAAGACAAACAACAACAACAACAACACCACCACCAGAAACAGAGCUAUUAUUUUGCAUGGCAAAUCCAUCGGAGAGAAAAGAUGGUGGGAUUGGAUAGUGAACUGAAGGAGCUACAAGAUUGGCUUUUUUCAGGAGAUCCCAAACGUGACGUGAUGUCGGUUGUCGGUAUGGCUGGCAUCGGUAAGACUACUUUUGUUGAACAAGUUUAUUACAACAGUCGACUUGUUGAAAACCACUUCAAGCAUCGUUUGUUUCUCCCAAUCGGCCCACACUAUCAGUUGAAAGAUACUCUGCUACUUGCUCUGGAUCAACUAGGUGUCCACGAAAACCUCAAUAAAAAUCCAUUAUCCAACUACGUAUACAAGUCUCUGUUAGGUACCAAGUAUUUGGUUGUGUUGGAUGAUGUAUGGAACACUCGUGUAUGGGACCAGUUAAGGCAUGUCUUUCCGGAUAACAGAAACGGGAGCCGCAUCAUCUUGACAACUCAGCUGCUAAGCUUAACUCGUCCGAUUGGUGGAAAAACUAUCCAAAUACCAUUGCUGGAUGAGGAUCAAAGUUGGAAACUUCUUCGUGAGAUUGUAUUCACUCGCGGAGAAUCUUGCUCGAAGGAACUCGAGAAAAUCGGGAGGAAGAUUGCCAAGAAAUGCGAAGGGCUCCCUCUGGCGAUUAUUGAGGUCGGAAAGCUCCUGAGUAAGAUAGACAAAAUGGUCGAAAAGUGGAAGACGGUGGCCGAAAACGAAGAUCCACUCACCAUCACAAUAGACGAUGACACGCCCCUCUCAAAGGCACUGCUUCUGAGCUACGAUAUGUUGCCUCAGUAUCUAAAGGUAUGCUUUCUAUACAUGGGAGUGUUUCCGAAAAGCUACGAGAUUCCUCGCUCGAAGCUCAUCGAUUUAUGGGCUUCCGAGGGCUUUCUUGAUCCGCAAAACAAAGGUAAAAAAAGAAGCUUGGAAGAAACGGGGGAUGAGUGCUUGAACGAACUCAUCUCCCGAAGCGUAGUUCUAAAUACGAAGCUGAGCUCUGUAGAUACGAAGAGAACUAAGACAUGCAGACUCCAUUUCACCUUUCGGAAUAUUUGCGUUAGUGAAGCUCAGAGCAAAAAGUUCUUCCCCAUUAUUAAAAAGUACAACGAAAGUAGUUUCCCGGAGGAUGUAAUAAAAAAGCAGAGACGCCUUUGCUUCCAAAACAACGUUGUACUUGGCAUCGAACAAGUGCGUACCUGGAUGGAGGAAUCUUUACCAGGUGCACGCUCGCUUCUCUGUUUCGGCCCAAAGCAGCAAUAUCCAGUAGAUCUGUACUUGGGCUUUAAAUUGCUUAAGGAUGGAGAUGAACUCCCAUCUUCAAUAUCGUGCCUUUGGAAACUCGAAGUCUUGAUCGUCCAUCGCCAUCACAACAUCAAGUCGUCGAAUCUUCCUCCCGUUUAUCUGCCUAUCGAGAUCUGGAAGUUGCAUGAACUGAAGCACAUCGAUUGUGUGGGAUUCGACCUUCCGGAACCUUCUCCUGCAGAUGAUUCUCUUAUCCUAGAGAAGCUUCUAACACUUUCGGGGGUGAGCGCCCACAGCUGCACACAGGGGGUUCUUGCGAGAACACCCCGCCUCGCAAAAUUAGGGAUCCGUGUCGAGGCAUCACAAGAAGACGAAGCCUUUGAAGCAUUGAGUUUCUUUGGCGGUGAUUAUUUCGCCUCUCGUGCAGAAUUCGAGUCAUUCAAAUGCCAUGUUGUGGAUCCUAGCCCUAGAUGUAGAGCUGUUUGUUCCAUGGUGAAUUUCCCUAAGAACAUUAAGAAGAUAACUCUGAGUGGAUGUGGAUUUCCAUGGGAGAAUGUGAAAGCAAUCGCAGAUUUGCCGAAUCUUCUAGUGUUGAAACUGCGAUGGAGUGCCUUCUGCGGGGCCAAGUGGGAGACGACGACGUGUGGUGAGGAAAUUGGAUUUCCGAAGCUGAAGUUGUUGCUGAUGGAAGACUUGGAUAUACAGAAAUGGGAAGCAGGCAACGAGCACUUCCCUAUGCUGGAACGCCUGAUUAUUAGGCACUGCUACAAAUUGGAGAAGAUCCCACCUGAAAUCGGAGAUAUACCCUUACUUGAAAUGAUACAAGUGGAUGAUUGCAAUCCAGCGGUUGUGACUUCGGCUCGGGGAAUACAAGACAAGAAAGCGUCGUGGGGAAACGAUAAGUUUCGAAUUCAGAUCCAUUCUUCGUGGGAUAAUGAGAAGCCAACUCGUGAGUAGGCAAUCAUUCAUAUGCAAAUCAACUGUUGUUUUAGGCAGG